AUGCCUGAAGUUCCAAGUGAUCCAAAUUUGUUGACACCAUUUAAGAAUGUUCAAGGUGGUUCUGCAUCACUUCGCCAAAUAUCUGAUGAUGCUUUUUAUGUUAUCAAUGAAGUUGUCAUCAAACGUAUUGGUCAUAUUCCAAUAAUUAAGGGAGAUUUCCAUCUUCUUCCACCAAAAGUUCAACGUUUUGUUGCUGAAAAAGUUGAGUUAUGCCGUCCACGUGGUAUUUAUAUUUGUGAUGGUACACAACAUGAAGCUGAUGAAUUUAUUAGUAAAUUAAUUGAAAAUGGUAUGCUUACACCAUUAUCUGCUUAUGAAAAUAAUUACAUUUGUCGUACUGAUCCAAAAGAUGUUGCUAGAGUUGAGUCAAAAACUUGGAUGGUAACUCCAGAUAAAUAUCAAACUGUAUGUCAUACACCUGAAGGUGUUGAACCAAUUAUGGGACAUUGGAUGUCUCCACUUGAUUUUGGUGCUGAAUUAGAUUCUCGUUUCCCAGGUUGUAUGGCUGGUAGAAUUAUGUAUGUUAUACCAUUUUCUAUGGGACCACUUGGUUCACCAUUAUCUAAAAUUGGUGUACAAUUAACUGAUUCUAAUUAUGUUGUAUUAUCUAUGAGAAUUAUGACUAGAGUUACACCAGAAGUAUUUGAUAUUCUUGGAGAUGAUGAUUUUGUACGUUGUAUUCAUUCUGUUGGUUUACCUCGUCCAGUUAAACAAAAAGUUAUUAAUCAUUGGCCAUGUAAUCCUGAAAAAGUUCUUAUUGCUCAUUGUCCAAAAGAAAGAGAAAUUUGGUCAUUUGGUUCAGGUUAUGGUGGUAACUCACUUCUUGGUAAAAAAUGUUUUGCCCUCCGUAUUGCUUCAAAUAUUGCUCGUGAUGAAGGUUGGCUUGCUGAACAUAUGCUUAUUAUGGGAGUUACAAGACCUAAUGGUAAAGAACACUUUAUUGCUGCCGCUUUUCCAUCAGCAUGUGGUAAGACAAAUCUUGCUAUGCUUGAACCAACACUUCCUGGUUGGAAGAUUCGUUGUGUUGGUGAUGAUAUUGCAUGGAUGAAAUUUGGAGAAGAUGGACGUUUAUAUGGUAUUAAUCCAGAAGCUGGAUUUUUCGGUGUUGCUCCAGGAACUAGUAGUAAGACAAAUCCAAUGGCUGUAGCCACAUUCCAAAAGAAUUCUAUAUUUACAAAUGUUGCUGAGACAGAUGAUGGUGAAUACUUUUGGGAAGGACUUGAAGAUGAAAUUAAAAAUAAAAAUAUUGGUAUGACAAAUUGGCUUGGUGAAAAAUGGAAAAUAGGAGAUCCAGGAGUAGCUGCUCAUCCAAAUUCUCGUUUCUGUGCACCAGCUUCUCAAUGUCCAAUAAUUCAUCCUGAAUGGGAAUCAGCUAAAGGUGUACCAAUUGAUGCUAUUAUUUUUGGAGGACGUCGUCCUGAAGGUGUACCACUUGUUUUCGAAACAUUUUCAUGGAACCAUGGUAUUUUUACUGGAGCUUGUCUUAAAUCAGAAGCUACAGCAGCAGCUGAAUACAAAGGAAAGAAGAUUAUGCAUGAUCCAAUGGCACAAAGACCAUUUAUGGGAUACAACUUUGGUCAAUAUCUUCAACAUUGGAUGGAUCUUAAUAAAGGAAACCAUAAAGUUCCAAAAGUUUAUCAUGUCAAUUGGUUUAGAAAAUCUACUGAAGGAAAAUUCCUUUGGCCAGGGUAUGGUGAAAACAUUAGAGUUAUUGAUUGGAUCGUUAAAAGACUUGAUGGUGUUGAAGAUAUAGGUGAAGAAACAGCUAUUGGAAUUCUUCCGAAAAAAGGUAGCAUUAACUUGGAAGGUCUUGAUGACAUUGAUUGGGAGCAAUUAAUGUCUUUACCAAAAGAAUACUGGACUGAGGAUGCUAAAGAGGUUAGAAACUUCCUUGAAACACAAGUUGGCUCUGAUCUUCCAAGAGAAAUAAGAGAAGAAAUGGAGAAACAAGAAGAAAGAAUACUUAAAUUGUAG